AUGUCCAACAACAUCGUUAUCAAUGGAAAGAGCGUGGCGAAGUCAGCUCUGGCACCGGAUGCUUCGCAGUCCAAUUACAUCCUGAUUCAGACCACCGGUGAUCCUCUAAACAAGAUCCAGAAGGCGCAGUUGAAAGACCUGGGAGUCAACAUUCAGGAAUUUGUCGGGGACGACGACAGUCAAUUGUAUCUUUGCGGGUACAAGCCUGAGUCCUUGGAAGUCAUUCGUCAGCUACCUUUCGUCGACUACGCCAAUGUCUAUCAAAAUGAUUUCGUCGUGCCAGCUGAUAUCGAGCCGGCGGCUGUCCAAACAGCUGCAGCCGAUCAGACCAAUAUCCUCAAAGUUGAUGUUCUCUUGCAUCAUGACGUCAAUGAGCCAUCCGAUGAUCUGGUGAAUAAGAUCGCAAGUGCGGCCCAUGUGGAAGCAAGUGCCAUUUCAGUUCAGCAGGGACUCGUGAGACUUGAGCUCGCUCCGGAGAAUCUAGCCAGUGUUGCUGCGGUUGAUGAGGUGCGCGUUCUCCAUCCAGUCAAGGAACGUACGCUAUUCAAUAACGUCGCUCGCGGGAUCCUCAAUGCCAAUAACGUGAAUGUGAACAACACUAUCUACAGAGGGAAUGGUCAGAUAGUUGCGGUGGCAGACACUGGCCUAGACAAAGGCUCCGAUACAGACGUGCACGACGCAUUCACCGGCCGUGUAGACAAACUUUUCGCUUGGGGCCGACAAGACAAAGCCGACGACCCAGAUGGACAUGGGACCCAUGUUUGCGGUUCAGUCCUGGGUAGCGGCACCGUCAAUGGGGAGGGCCUGGUUGAGGGGACCGCUCCUGCUGCGAAAUUGGUCAUGCAGUCGGUUUUGGACAGGAGAGGCCGCCUGGGCGGUAUCCCCGCCGAGUUUAGUAAGUUAUUCAACCAAGCGUAUCAGGCUGGAGCUCGGGUCCACACCAACUCCUGGGGUACUCCACUCCCAGAUUCAGGGGUCCAACACCCCUACGGUGCUGGUUCCGAGCAAAUAGAUAAGUUUGUUUGGAACAAUCAGGAUAUGACAAUUUUGUUUGCAGCCGGCAAUGAUGGGCAAGAUCGGGACAAGGACGGUAAAUUCGACGGCACAGUCAACGAGAGGUCCAUUGGCUCCGAGGCUGCGGCCAAAAAUUGCAUAACUGUAGGUGCCACAGAAAACAGCCGUCCGAAUCUCAAGUCUUCGAUCUCAGGACUCCCCUACACAUAUGGAGGCUUCUGGAGCAACGAGUUCCCCAAAAAUCCUCUCAAGGAUGACAACAUGGCCAAUAACCCGGAAGGACUCGCAGCGUUCAGCAGCCGCGGACCCACCGCUGAGAACAGGCUCAAGCCGGAUGUUGUCGGGCCCGGCACGGCCAUCCUCUCUACACGAUCCAGAAAUAUGGCGAAUACAUCUGAGGUAGGUGUCUUUGGGACCCUGUCCGACGAUAGAUAUUGGUUCUUAGCAGGGACGAGCAUGGCAACUCCGCUAAUCGCCGGCUGCUGCGCGGUGCUGCGCGAGACCCUUCUUGCCAAUGGAUACAAGGACACCACGAACGGCAUCAAGAAUCCUACAGGCUCCUUGAUCAAGGCUCUCCUUAUCAAUGGUGCCAACCCAAUCAAGGGUCAGUACAUGCCCGAUGAAGUCGGCGACGAACCCAACCCACACUCUGGCUUUGGGCGCGUCAACCUGGCUGGCUCGGUGGUCACGCCUGGCGACAAAUUCUGUGGCUACGGCACCGGGAUCCUGGACGACGAUCAAGCGCCCUUCAGCAUCUCAAUCCCCGUCCCAAAAGAAACGCCCACACCUCACCAAAAACCACUCGGAGAAACCGCUGGCCUCUCGCUCAAAGUCACGCUGGUGUACGCCGACGCCCCGGGCAAACGCCUUUCAAAUGACCUGAACCUCGCCGUUGUGGCCGGCGACAAAGAGCGUCACGGCAACCAGGGCAACCAGGAAUUCAGCGUCGAGUCCACCCAACCGUUCGACCGUGGGAACAAUGUCGAGCAGGUCCUAUGGCCUAGCGUCCCGGGCGGAGAGAUCAGGAUUGUGGUCAAGGGGUUCCGUUUGACACAAGACGAAGUGCCGUUUGCGUAUGCGUGGAAAUUCUUCUAG